UCACAAUAUUACAUCACCGAGGAAAAGCCAGAGAUUUGUGUUAGAUUUGUGUUUUCUUUUAGAUUCGAAAUUUAUGAAGUUCGUGUGAAAUGCUUUUCAGAAGCUGAACUUGCUUCUGUAUUAUUAUUAUUGUUUUUUUUUUUUUUUUUUCUUUUUAAAUCUUCAGAAGGUUGUGCAUCAAAUACAAGUAGCAGGGCUGAAACAAAAAGGUUUCAACAGAGAUACCUAAGUAAUCUAUAAAAUUAUGGAUCUCCCUGAGGGAAGCGAAUCAUUUCAAGCUCAAUCCCACUUGUAUAAGCACAUAUUCAACUACAUAAGCUCCAUGUCUCUCAAAUGCGCAGUUGAGCUUGGCAUACCAGACAUAAUCCACAACCAUGGCCGACCCAUCACUCUACCUGAUUUGGUCACAGCGCUUCAGAUUCACCCAUCAAAAACUAGCUUCGUUUACAGGCUCAUGUCCCUCUUGGUACACUCAGACUUCUUUGCUGCAACACUACCACUUCAUACAAAUCAAGAACAAGGAGAUCACAAUAAAGGAGAAGAAGCAGCAUAUGAUCUAACCCCUUCUUCUAGGCUCCUACUGAAAGAUAAGCUCCCCUGCCUCUCACCGUUUGUUCUUUCAAUGCUUUGUCCUGCUAUUGUAACUCCAUGGCAAUUCUUGGGAAACUGGCUCAAAGGGGACAGAGGAACUAAUCCUUUUGAGAUUGCACACGGAAUGAACUUUUGGGAAUAUGCAGAUCAGAACCCUGCAUUUAACAGUCUAUUCAACGAAGCAAUGGCCAGUGAUUCUGGGAUGGUGAAUUUGGUUAUUAGAGACUGCAAACCUGUUUUCCAAGGCUUGGGUUCGCUGGUUGAUGUAGGAGGAGGUACAGGAAAAGUCGCUAAAAUCAUCUCCGAGGCAUUUCCUCAGUUGAAGUGCACAGUGCUUGAUCUACCCCAUGUUGUUGCUAAUUUACCAGACUCAGAGAACUUGAAGUUUAUUGGAGGUGAUAUGUUCCAGUCAAUCCCUCCAGCUGAUGCUCUUCUGCUUAAGUUGACCUUACACGCUUAUAGUGACGAGGAAUGCUUGAAGAUUCUAAAGAAAUGCAGAGAAGCAAUUCCAAGCGAUGGUGGAAAGGUUAUUAUCAUAGAUAUAGUGAUUAACAAGGAAAGGGAGGAGCACCAAGUGACCGACGCAAAGCUGUUUUUUGACAUGUUGAUGAUGGUUGUGGUUACUGGAAGAGAGAGAAGCGAGAGAGACUGGGAAAGUCUCUUCUUGGAGGCUGGUUUCAGAAGCUACACGAUUUUACCCUUAUUUGGUUUAAGGUCUCUAAUUGAGGUUUAUCCUUGAUCAGGAAUCCUCAUUCUAUUGUGAAAUUAUGCUUGUCACGAUUGAUCGACAGCCAAAUAAAUUUAUUGUUUUAGAUAUUAUCUAGAUUAGUUUAUAUUAAUGUAAUUUAAAUUGAGAUUUAUGGUUGAAACCAGUUGCCAAAGUUCCUAAUAAAUGGCUACUUAUAUAGUCAAAGUUAUAUAUGAUA